GGUGUGUCUUCGUUGAGAGUAACGGGACUUGAAGUUUAAUAGCAGUGAUAUUAAGGACAGGGAGUAUUAUCGGACAAGACAGCUAACAUUUCACGUGCAGUAGGAUAACUUAGCCGGAAAUCUUGAGAAACAUAGAAUAGAUGUUAGUAACAGAUGAUAUCACAGGCAUGGCCUCGGAGCGCCACGAAGCGGAGGUACCUCUGUGCGAUCCAGCUACCAUACCUCUACCAUCCGGUGAGAGUCAGUCAUCUUAUCACCAAUGGGAUAUAAAUGAUAGUACUCUACCUACGUUAACAAAGUUGGACAAAUUUCAAAUAUGGCCGAAUGGACACAGUCGUUAUGUUUACAACCAGGAACAGGAAGAUGCUAAGCGUCACGUGAGUGGAUGGGCCAUGCGCAAUACAAAUAAUCAUAAUGCCUUCAUCUUGAAAAAAUCAUGUUUGGGUGUUUUCGUCUGUAAUCAAGAUUGUUUAUUAGAAAACGGAGAAAAAGUUCAUCUGAGACCAGCAAUAUGUGAUAAGGCAAGAAGAAAACAAGUUGGAAAAGCUUGUUCAAACCCUAAUUGUUUUGGUAAACUGGAAUUGCUCGCAUGUCGUGGCCAUUUUGGUUAUCCCGUCACCCACUUCUGGCGUCAUGUGAACGGAGCUAUUUACUUCCAGGGCAAAGGUCACCACGAUCAUCCUCGGCCGGAAAUAAAAUCUGUGGCAGAGAGUCGACGUCACACGAGUACCAAUCGUUUGUUUCGACAUCAAAAGACUUUUCUUGGUGACAGAAAGCGACAUAUGACUCCUCAUAAUUCUGAAAUCCCAUCUAAAUAUCUCAUCAAAACAACUGGCGACGAUGUGCUGUGUUCAUGUCCACCAUUUGAGUGUGUUUGUGGAACAAAUCGGAGGUACAAAGAUUUUUUACCAACAUGUGAUAUGUUUAAAGAUACCUUCCAGCCACCCGCCGCCAUUACACAGAUCAACAUUAGUAAUAAUUAUAAUCCACAGCCAACACUUGAUUUUACAAUCCAUGGUUACGAUUACCACAGAAACCGCCUUGGCUACCAUAGUACACCACCAUCAUUGUAUUCUGAUCCAACACGAGGUUGUGUUCCGUUGCCUCAGCAAAGCAGUGUGCCAUCUUACGGUUAUCAACCACAGCCUGCAAUCGAAAAUGAUUCGAUAAGAAAUGAAAGUGUGACUGAUUGUCUUCACAACAACCAAACUUUACCCGAUCUCUACGAUUCGUUAUUUAGUGGUAGUGCCCGAUUCCAAGACUUAAAUGAUGGUGAUAAUUACAAAUUUAAUAAUCUGGUUUUAAAACCGGAACCGGAAGUCAACCAGUCAUCAUGUUCGCGGACCAGAUCUGGCCAGUCAAAUUGUUCUCCUUUGACAUCAUUUAUAAAACCAUCGAUACACAGACAAGUGCCCGACGUGUACGAUCAUUUAACAAUGCCAUCUGUAAAUUUAGACUCCUUAGAUUUGGACUAUGGCUCAAUCACUAAUUGUUCUACCGACUCAAAGUGUGUUAGCUCAAUUCAGUCAUCGUCUCCGCGUCGAUUUGAAGAAUUAAAACCGGCAUCAAACGGAAGUAAACUAACUUCUGGCAAUGACAUUCCAAAAACUGCCUUUGAUGUAAUGGACGUUCAAAAUACGCUAAGGCGGGACGCGGAUAUUCCCUGGAUACGGUUUAGAGAUUCAAACCCGUCGACGUCAUUAGUUAACGAACAGGCCCAUAAUCAAACUAUUCCUAUGAACGAUUGCCGUAAUUCCGUUUGUCAGCCGGCUGAUACCCAGCAACGAUACGCUCGUUACCAUGGUGAUUAUUAUCAACACAUGGCAAAUCAGAGAGAUGCGCUUCGCAACCAUAGUAUAAAUAUAACUUUAACUUAUAAAUAAAAUAAUUAUCAAAAUACAUCUUCAAGUAUUAUUUCUUCUAGUCAAAUUACAUAACGUAUAUGCUGCAAAUUUUUUAAUGAUUAUAUCAGUGCCUUAUGAAAGAUGCUAUUGGUUUUUUUUUUGGUUUUUUUUGAUUAUGUGCAUCAUACCCGGUGCUCACUAUAGCCACUCGGCUAAAUCUAUUUGUUAAGGCCAAGUCAAUUUUUGUCAAGGUUGCUGAGAUGUAAAUAAGGUUAGGGCACGUGAUUGUUAACGGGAUUGUGGGUUAGGAUUAGGGUAAGCAUUGGGGCUAGGUCCAGGUUUGGGGUAAGGCUUGGGAUUAGCGCCGGCAAUGUAUACAUCUCGUGACCUAUGACGAAAAAUUGAGCUGGCCUUAUCAUUUAGCACUAACCAUAGCCACUACCAAUAAAAUAUUCGGGAUUGUAAUAAAUAUCAUUAUUUGCAAAUUCUUGUUAAUAAAAUUCUCCAACUUGUAGAGAAUGGUUAAUCUCUGUGUAUUUAUAUUAAAUUUUUGUUAUAAAUUAUUAUUUAUCAUUCAUAUAUUCAACGAAAUACCCGAAAGUUGCUCAACUAUGAUUAACGAAAAAGAUAAGCCAAAAGAGUUUAUUUUGCUUAUCGGAGUGCCUUGUUAGUUCAUUAUACAUUUUAUAAAAUACAUUUUCUUCCAGUUUUAUGCUGUUUUAAAUUACAAGUCUAGUCGUCAAAUAUUUGUCCCAUGACAAGUGCAAUAUAUUUACAAGAUGUCCAAAAGAAAGUGCAUUAUA